AUGGCUGGAGAUUCUUCUAAUAGAAGGUGGAGUUUCUUUCGUCGAAGAGCUAACAUUGUUGAGGAGGAGUCGAGUGAUGAGUCAGAUGAAGAUUUGUAUGCCUUUGAGCAGCAUGAAAUACAAAAUGCUACUCAAAUGCUUACCAUGAUGGUAUCACCUUGUCCUGUCCAACCAAGGACACGCAUUAACAUUCAUAGAAAUCGCGAGAUGGCUCACAAUGAUCUUGUGCGAGAUUACUUUGCACCAAAUUGUACUUACCCUCCUCACAUGUUUCGGCGAAGAUUUCGUAUGCGACGGGAAUUAUUUCUAAGGAUCAAGGAUGAUCUAGAAGCUACAGACACGUAUUUUCAACGUCUUCCUGAUUGCACCAGACGAUUGGGUUUAUCUGCUAUUCAGAAGAUGGCGGCCGCACUUAGAAUUCUUGCAUAUGGUGGUCUAAUGGAUAGUCUUGAUGAAUAUAGCAAAAUUGGUGAGUCAACUGCGAAGGUAGCGCUUAACAAAUUCUGUGAAAAUAUUUUGGUUUUGUACAAGGAUCAAUAUUUGAGGACACCUACCAUGAAUGCCACUAUGCAGCUAAUGGAAGAAAAUGCAGCAAGGGGAUUCCCUAGCAUGAUAGGAUCACUUGAUUGCAUGCACUGGGAGUGGCGUGGGUGUCCUUCUGCCUGGAAGGGUCAAUACCUUGGUCACUACGAUAAUCUUGGAAGCAGUAGCCUCAGGUCGCACGCCAAAUGUACCAUUCAUUGUCAAUGGGUCCAUUUACCACACGCCCUAUUAUCUGACGGAUGGAAUUUAUCCGCGAUAUGCUGCACUAAAAAUGCAAUCAAUCCCUCAUCCACACACCAAGUAUUUGCAAGAACACAUGAGAGUGUUCGAAAGGAUGUCGAGCGUGCCUUUGGUGUUCUACAAGCUAAAUGGGGCAUCACAAAGGAACCAGUUCGUUACUACAAGACUUCUGAGCUUAAAAAAAUUAUGCUUACAUGCAUCAUUCUACAUAACAUGAUUAUUGACGAUAAGAGGCAUAUUGAUAUCGAUCCAUGGAUGCCUCCGUCCGAUGAGGUUGUAUCCACCAUUGACACCAUUACAACCCCAAAGGUUCUUGCACAAUACAUUCACUCGCGUAUAGAACAGAUACGUGACGACCAGAUCAAUGCAAGUCUGAAAAUGGAUUUGAUGGCUCAUAUAUGGAUUUUACAUGGCAACCUUCAAAUAUAA